GCUCGAGGUUCGAGCCAACCUCCAGACCCUUGGGGCCUCUGACGACUCUAGCAAGGGUCGGGCUGCCUUUCCUAUUCCGUAGAGGGCCUCUUGGGGUCCAGCGGCUGCAGGCACAGUGUAGGACCCGAAGACCCCACCCCCACUCCCCACCCCUCCUACACACACUUCCAGCCGGGUCAGCCCCUAGCCUACCGCCAUGGCCAGUUCCCCCGCGGAUGCUGCGGCCAUGGCCGAGGCCCAGGAACCCGGCAUCAGGAGCAAGUCCAGCAGACCCCGCCAGAUCCCGGUGAUCGGUGUGGUGACCGAGGACGAGGAGAUGCAGAGUGUUUUCAAGCCUAUGGACCUUCAUCGUAUCAUCACAAUACUUGAAGAGAAUGAUAAGGAUGAUUCAGAAGAAAAACAGCUUAAAUAUGUCAAGAAAAUGGUACAAUGUUAUCAAAAUGGACUUCCCUUAAGAGAGUUAACACAGAUAUUUAAAAUUCUGAAUCUGUGUGCAAUAAAAGUUGAAAACCAGCCACGUUUUAUAGAAUCUGUAUAUGAGAUCCUAAAACUGUGUGGCUUGCCCUUUUUGAAAAAGAAAGUAUCAGAUGAAAUAACUUAUGCUGAAGAUACUGCUAAUGCAAUUGCACUUCUGGGUGAAUUAAUGAAAAUACCAAGUUCUGAACUGAGGAUACAUAUUUGUAAGUGUAUUAUUGACUUUUAUCAUGCAGAGCCUCCAAAGAAGCAUAUUCCAGGUUACCAGCAAGCUAGUUCAUCAUACAAGAUCAAAAUGGCUGAGGUUGGAGGAUUGGCUGGAAGAAUGGUCCAGUCAAUGAUCUUGCUUGAAAAUCAGCUAGUUGAGAAACUUUGGGUACUUAAAGUUCUGCAGCAUCUCUCAACUUCUGAAGUUAACUGUGCCGUAAUGUUAAAAGCACAAGCAGCAAGCAGAAUUUGUGCUCAUCUCAAUGAUCCCGACCCCUCCGGACAGCUUCUAUUUCGUUCAUCAGAAAUACUUUGGAAUUUAUUGGAGAAGUCUUCAAAGGAAGAAAUCAUACAGCAGCUUAGUAACUUGGAAUGUUUGCUCGUUCUGAAGGAAGUAUUUAAAAAUUUGUUCGUGAGAGGUUUUACUCAUUAUGAUCGUCAACUUAGAAAUGAUCUAUUAGUGAUCACAACAAUAAUAGCUCAAAACCCUGGAGCACCAAUGAUUGAAAGUGGCUUUACCAGAGAUUUGAUACUAUUUGCAACCUUUAAUGAAGUUAAAAGUCAGAAUCCUUUGGUCAAAGGUCUUAAGCUUUCUAAUUCCUAUGAAGAUUUUGAGUUGAAGAAAUUGCUAUUCAAUAUAAUUGUGAUCUUAUGUAAAGAUUUAUCUACUGUACAGCUAUUAAUUGAUGGCAAAGUUGUUUUGGCCUUAUUUACUUAUGUUAAGAAACCGGAGAAACAGAAAAUAAUAGAGUGGUCUCUGGCACAGCAUGAAGAAUUACAGCUGCAUGCAAUCGCCACCUUAUCUUCUGUGGCUCCCUUGUUAAUAGAGGACUAUAUGUCGUGCCAGGGAAAUGCUCGGAUCCUGGCAUUUCUGGAAUGGUGUGAGAGUCAAGAUCCCUUCUUCAGCCAUGGUAAUAGUUUUCAUGGCACAGGUGGCCGUGGCAAUAAGUUUGCCCAGAUGCGUUACACUUUAAGACUUCUGAGAGCCAUGGUCUAUCUUGAAAAUGAGACUAUAAACACAGAUCUUUGUGAAAAGGGAACAAUUCAACAACUGAUAGGAAUCUUCAAAAAUGCAAUAAGAGAGCCUAAUAAAAAGGAAGAAGCUAUUGUUUUAGAAAUCCAGUCUGAUAUAUUACUUAUCUUAUCUGGCCUUUGUGAACAUCAUAUUCAAAGGAAGGAAAUUUUUGGAACUGAAGGAGUGGAUUUAAUUCUCCAUGUAAUGAAAACUGACCCCAAGAAGUUACAGAGUGGCUUAGGCUAUAAUGUACUUUUUUUUAGUACAUUGGACAGCAUUUGGUGCUGCAUUCUGGGAUGUUACCCCUCAGAGGAUUAUUUUCUUGAAAAGGAAGGCAUUUUUCUCCUUUUGGAUGUAUUGUCAUUGAACCAAAAGAAAUUCUGUAACCUAAUACUUGGAAUAAUGGUUGAAUUUUGUGAUAAUCCCAAAACUGUGGCUCAUGUCAAUGCCUGGAGAGGCAAGAAGGAUCAGACAGCGGCUAGUCUUUUAAUUAAAUUGUGGAGAAAGGAAGAGAAAGAACUAGGAGUAAAACGAGACAAAAAUGGGAAGAUUGUUGAUACAAAGAACCCUCUAUUUACUAGUUUUCAAGAAGAGCAAAGAAUCAUGCCACUGCCUGCUAACUGCCCAUCCAUUGCAGUUAUGGAUGUUGCUGAGAAUAUCAGAGCAAAAAUUUAUGCUGUUUUGAGCAAACUAGAUUUUGAAAAUUUACCUGGUCUAUCUGCUGAAGAUUUUGUCACCCUCUGUAUCAUACACAGAUACCUUGAUUUUAAAGUUGGAGAAAUAUGGAAUGAAAUAUAUGAAGAAAUAAAAAUGGAAAAGUUAAUACCAGUCACUUCAGAUAGAACAAUUUUGGAAUCUAUUACAACAGCAUCACACAAUAUUGGAAAGAUGGUCGUUUCUUUGCAAAGUGAAAUGAUUGAAAGCCAAGCACGUCAAGAUAUGCAAAAUGAACAAAAAGUAUAUUCAAAAAUACAAGGUACAUACAAGCAAAGAGAACUGGCUAAUAAAUCAUGGGAAAACUUCUUGGCUAGGACAUCUAAUAUUAAAACACUAAAGAAAGCAAAGAAGCUUCAAGAAAAGGCUAUAGAAUCUUCCAAAUACAGUGAAAGACCACAUAAUGCAAUAUGUCAUCGAACAGUCAUUAAAGGCCUUAACACAACGGUAUCCUCUGGUCCGGUAGUAACAGCGGAAAGUACUCCUGUCCGAUUACUAGGAGGCCCUCUGGCUGAUACAGAUAUUGCUCUUAAAAAGCUUCCUGUUCAAGGAGGAGCCUUGCAGAGGGUGAAAGCAGCCAAAUCUCUGAAUGAGCCAAAAAAGAAUAUUCCUACCUAAUAAGAGACAUUAGAGAAAUAAAUUCUUGAAAUAAAUUCUGCUUUUAAUUUUUAGGAAAAUAUAUAUUUGUAUACAAAUGUAAAGCAAAUAUUUUAGAAUAAAUUAUUUUAGUAAAAUUCUACAAACAAUAUAAUAAGGACAUAUAGAUUAUUUUUUUAGAAUAUCAACAUAUAAUAUUGGGCAAGUUGUUAGAAAAGACUGCUAGUUCUCUCAACUGAAACCAUACUCACAAACCCUUUCGGAUUUCAGUUCUCCUUCUAUAGUAUAGACUUUAUAACCUCUCUCUUUCUCUCUCACUCAUAUAUGUAUGUGUGUAUAUAUACACAUAUACACAUAUCUGAAACUAUCAUAGUCUAUAAGCAUUGUUUUUUAUCAAGGGACUACAGCUAUGUUAGUGGAAUCUUUUUCUUUUCUGGCUUCUGGUUUACAUUCUCUCAGGUUCAUACCCAGCACAGAAGAGUCUAUGACUGUUUCUCAAUCAUUUUUGCAACUGGCUAUGCAUUAUGGAACCCUUGACUAGGUAGCUACAUGCCACUCUUGAGUACCUCCUUAUGGCACUAGUCAAAUUGGAGCACUUUCUACAUCUGAAGCCAGAAGCAGGCCAAACCACCCAGAAUGUGGAGAGAAGGGGAAUCGGGCAAUCAAGGGACUGUUAUCAGAAGUAUAUACAUGUACUAGACAACAACAAAUAUGUUGGUCAUGGUAAAAUAAGAUACAACUGCUGUACAAGGCAAACCUUAGGAGCUAAGCAGUAACACCAAAAACACACAUAUGGUUUUAAUCUUAAUUUGCAAAUAUAGAAAGCAAAGCCUAAUGUUCAUUCCUUAAUAGGGAAUGAAAAGAUAGAAAGGGAGGAGAGAUUCCCUUCCUUUGCUAGUUAAGGUAUCUCAUCAAAGAAUAGAAGGUAGGUGCCAUAAGGCUGGAUGCAUUGCAAAGUGUCCAUGUCUCUGGGUGUCGUUGUGACAUUUCCACCUCUUGUCUUCCUCACCAUCAAACCCUUCCUCCAGACAAGAAAUCACAGAGUUGAAUUCUUAUCUAGGGCAUAGACAGAGAAAAACCUGUUGUUUUCUUAGUCAGAAAAGUAAGCUGGAAUUUAUUUCAACAGCAUAAUGGUAUAGGUGUAACAACUGACUCUCUAGGGGAAAAGCCCUAGUUUACAGCGUUUGCUCAUUUACAUGGUGUAAAUAUCUCACUGUGGCCAAAAUCAAGCUACCGAUGUGCUAUUGAACACAGAGUUGGGAAGAGAAAAGAAUCCACUCUUAUCAUCAGAUAGCAAUGGGCUCCACUGCCCCACAAGGCCCACUUCCUUUCCCUUCCCUGUCUGUUUUUGUCUCUUCUGGCAGUUUUCCACUCUCCUCUGUGAAAAGGGUAGUGUCUUCAAUAAGAGACAAUAUUUUAUUUCUGAUUCACCUUUAGCUGGUGGACUCUCAGCCUGGCCGAGCUGUCCAAUCCCUUUGUGGCACACAGGGGUAGAUAUGUAUCAUAUCUUUUGGGGAGUGGUUAUAACAAAGUAAUUCAAGAAGGAGUAUAGCUCAGCGAUAAGCUGAUGCAUAUAUACAUACAUAUUUAUACAUAUACAUGUGCAUUUAUUUCUUCUUGAAUUACUUUGUUAUCACCACUCCCAAAAAGAUAUGAGAAGGCCAAAUUUAUUCCUUCCCUUCACCAGAAUGAUUAACUAUAAAGAUUUUAUGUAAAAGUUACCAAAACAGAAAAAGUAUAUAGAUUGAGGCAUGCCCAAGAAUAUACUCACACAAAAAGUACAUCACCUGGAAUAUACCCAGAAUUGAUAUGAAGUGUCCACAGUUAAGAAUCUCUACCAUGUACAGAAUAUAACCUCUUUCUGACACUCUUAAGUUACCUAUAGAGAAGGUAGAGACCCUACCUCAUCUUGGUAAUCACCAUUUGAGUAAAUAAGUUAUUGGGUGUAAUAGGGGCCUCAAGUCCUAGCAGUCUUCUCCUGAAAUUCUGCAAAUGCAGCAAAAUGCUGAGCUCAACAUAUGGAAUCCAUUUGAUUUCAUAUGCUUAAGAAUCCUCCCUUGAUUAACAAGACAACACAUUUUCAAUCUAGAAAUUAACCCCCAUAAUCUCAUUUUAUUUUCUACCUGAUUGUUAAAUUUUUAUACAUAACAGUUAUGUGAAAUGUUUAUAAAAGAAUGCCAAAACUAAUAUUUCAUUGUGGUUCAUGACAACCAGUUUUUGAAGCCUAAAGAUGAUCUAUCUCCUGACUAGAGUAGCUUUUAUCUAGCUUUACUAAAAAUAUCCAAACAUUUCUGGAGUUCUUAUCACCAUAACAAAAAGUUUUCUGCACUUUGUUAAUAGGCUGCUGAGAUUCUAUAUAUUGAA